AUGUCUGUUGACAUUAUGGCUACGGAAGCACUGAGGCGAACUCGAACCGUUUCCAUGGAAACCGGAGGGCUCCCAUUGGCUACGUUUGCACUUCUCACUAUCGUGGCUGGUCAGCUUCAAGGCCCGGGAUAUAGCGAGCCAGAGCCAGAGUUUCUCGCCCCGCUGGAUAAUAUUACUGUCGCUAUGGGACGUGACGUGCGCUUCACCUGUACUGUCAAUCAUUUGGGCACUUACAAGGUGGCCUGGUUAAAAUCGGACACAAAGGCCAUUCUAGCGAUGAAUACUCAUAUGGUGAACAUCGAUUCUCGCCUGUCAGUCACACACAACGGACACAACACUUGGAAGCUGUAUAUAAGUAGCGUCGAGCCCAAGGACUCGGGGACUUAUAUGUGUCAAAUCAACACAAUUCCAAUGAAGAGUCAGGUAAGACUAGUAAAAGUCUUGGAGGAGGCUUUUUGUAUUUCAUUUCUCUAUGCUAAUGCAAUUGUUCGAUGUCGAGCUGGCGGAGAAUUGUCGAGGCACUUCUGA